AUGCGUUUGCCUGUAACGCCGCGUGAAAGAAAAAAUUCUUUGUUUUGUGACGUCGACUGUGGCUUCACUGUCAUGUUACUUGGAGAUAGUUGUACGGGCAAAACUUGUAUUUUAAUUCGUUUCAAGGACAACACUUUUAUGAACAAUAAUUUUAUCUCGACUGUGGGCAUUGAUUAUAGAGUUUGGGACACUGCAGGUCAAGAACGUUUCCGCAGCCUAACAGCUUCUUACUACAGAGAUGCCGAUGCCCUUUUGCUUAUUUAUGAUGUAACAAAUCGUGCAAGCUUUGAACAUAUAAGGGAUUGGCUUGCCCAAGUUAAGGAAUAUGCAAAGGAUGAAGUUGCUUUAACUCUGGUUGGGAAUAAAGUGGAUUUGGGACAUCAAAGGAAAGUUAGGGCAGAUGAAGGACGACAACUUGCAAAGGUUAUUGGGAGGUUUUUUGGGGAUGGGGAAGGAAAUUUUUUGGGAGGGACUUGGAAAAGUUGGGGAGGUUUUUUGGGGGAUAGGGGAAGGGGAUUUUUGGAAGAGACUUGCAAAGGUUAUUGAGGAGGAUUUUCUGGGGGAUAGGUGGAUUUUUGAAAGGGACUUGUAGAGAGAGGGAUUGAGAGAUUUCAGAGAGAGAGAGGGGUUUUUGGGAGGACUUGUAAAGGUUAUUUGGGAGGUUUUUGUAAUAGGGUGAUUUUUGGGAGGGUCUUGCAAACGGUGUUGGUAGGUUAUUGGGGCGGUUUUUUGGGAUAGGAGGAUUUUUGGGAGGCAUUAGAAUUUUUAAUAAUAUUUUCCCCAAUAAAAAGUGUUUAUCCUCUUUAUACUUAACUAAAAUAAUUUUUUCAAAUUUUCC